AAGAUGUUCACAGCAGGACCUAGACAGUGCUGAGGUCUGUGAGUGGGGAUCCAGAGACUUCAGCUGACUUCGCUGGGAAGAGAGAAGAAGCCCAGUCAGCAGGAAACAGACAAGGUUGAAGCGCAAGGCACUGUGAGGAGCAAGCCUGGAGAAGGAGAUCCUUCUCCUGUGUUUGGUUCCAGAGCCAUGGGGGUGGCACAAAAGAGCCUGACCCUGGGCUGGGUGACUGCCAUCUUGCUGCUACAGGUGGCUAUUGCAAAACGCCCCAGGUGGUCCCUGAAUGGCAGGCCCAGGGUAUUCUCAGACCUGAGUGUUUAUGAGAUCAAGAUUGUGCAGGACUUUCUGAUGGACAAAAAGGAGCUGCGGCUGCAGCCAUCUGCGACACCAACUCUGGGCAAGAACUCAGUAUACCUCAUAGAAAUGCUGCUGCCCGAUAAGGAGGAUGUGCUAGAUUUUCUGGACAAAGGAGAAAGGAGUCCUGUGAGGGAAGCCCGUGUUGUCAUCUUCUUUGGUGCUCAGGAGCCCCCUAAAGUCACUGAGUUUGCUGUUGGGCCCAUGCCAUCACCAAUCUACAUGCGAGAAAUAGCUCCCGGGCCUGGGCACAAUCCAUCCUGGGCAUCUAGACCCAUUUCCAAAGCAGAGUACUACCUCAUCUACCGUAUGCUGAAGGAGGCCACCAAGUCUCUGCAUCAGUUCUUCCUUAACACCACUGACUACUCACUAAAAGACGAAGGUGUUGAGGAUAGUCUGACCUUCACAUAUAUGGCCCCCCAUGGUACAAAGUCCGACCAGCGCUGUAGCUGGUUCAUGUUGCAGCGCUAUAUGGCAAGCCACUUCCUGCAACCCACUGGCCUGGAGAUCCUUCUGGAUCAUAGGAGUACAGAUGUCCAGCACUGGAAAGUGAAGCAGCUCUGGUAUAAUGGGAAGUUCUACAACAGCCCAGAGGAACUGGCUCAGAAAUAUGCAGACGGAGAAGUGAGUAUAAUGGUCCUCAUGGAGUCAGUUGACAAGGACACAGAGCAGCCCCUAGUCUUCUCUUCCUCCAAUACCCCAAAGGAAUCCCCCACUACCAUCAGCAUGGCUAGACCCAGAGUGUCUGAGCCCCAUGUUCCUGGCUAUAACGUAGAGGACAACACGGUAUUCUACAGAGAUUGGAUUUUCUCCUUCCGGCUAAGACCCUCCUCUGGUCUGCAGAUCCUGAACGUGCACUUCCGGGGUGUGCGUAUUGCAUAUGAAGUCAGUGUGCAGGAGGCCGUAGCACAGUUCGGAGGACAUGUAUCUGCGGGCACUCAGGCCAAGUACAUGGAUGUGGGCUGGGGCCCCGGCACUGCUACUCGCCAGCUAGCCGCUGGCAUGGAUUGUCCAGACACAGCCACCUUCCUGGAAGUCACUCAUCACUAUGACACCGACAAACCAGUCUCCUAUCCACAAGCUCUCUGUCUCUUUGAGGUGCCAGCAGAAAUGCCAAUUAGGCAUGACUUCAACUCCAACUUUAGAGAAGACUUCAACUCCAGUACAGGGACAAGUGGACACAUGCUGGUGCUACGGACAAUCUCAACAGUACACCACUAUGAUUAUAUUUGGGACUUCGUUUUCUACCCUAAUGGGGCAAUGAAGGCAAAGAUGCAGGCCACUGCCUUGGUCCAUGCCACCUUCUACCAGCCAGGAGAGAUGCGCUACAUCUCUCACUCACACACCCACAUAUUCAGCAAUAUCCACACCCACCUAGUACAUUACCGCAUUGACCUGGAUGUAGCAGGCACCAAGAACAGCUUCCAGACACUGCAGAUCAUUCGGGGAAACAUCACCAACUCUGAGAACCUGAGACGUCGUGUACAUGGAAAUGCCGUAAGGCAAACACAUUACACCCAGGAACACCAAGCAGCCUUCCACUUUGGAAAGCCGCUUCCCAGUUACCUAGUCUUUAGUAGCCUCCAUACGACUGAUUUGGGCCACAGGAGCGGGUACCGCCUGAAGACCUACUCCAAAACCCACUAUGAGCAACUACCAGACUGGCAAAAGAAGCGAGGUGUCUCUUGGACCAGGUACCGCUUGGCUGUCACCGAGUAUCAAGAUUCUGAAAAGUGCAGCAGCAGCAUCUACAGCCAAAAUAAUCCUUGGAAUCCCCCCGUGAUCUUUGAGGAUUUUAUUCAAAAUGAUACAAACAUUGAAGAUAAGGAUUUGGUGGCCUGGGUCACAGUGGGCUUCCACAACAUGCCCCGUUCUGAGGGUAGUACCAACAUGACCACACCUGAGAGCUCUGUGGGCUUUGUGCUACGGCCCUUCAACCUCCGUGGCUUCUAGAUACAACUACAAUGACAUCAGCCACUGCAUCCUUGGAGACAGCUUGCCUGACGCUCCCUCCUUUCAACCACAAUAGGACCUACAACCUUGUGUGUAGAACCCUGCCCCAGCUCCUGCUUAACAGCCCCAGAUCAGUACAAGAAUAGACAAUAAAUCCUUCCAC